UGUUUGGUAUUUGCGGAGCAGAAAUUUUAUGUAGUGGGUGGGACAGAUGGCUGGGAUUACAAUAUGGAAGUUCGCAGCCUGGAACCUAAUGGUCAUGAUGUCAGAGGCCGAUACAGACAUGAAGCAGUAAUUACCGGCGAUGAAAUUUUAAUCAUUGGUGGUGGCACUUCCGAUUGGACUUCCUCAAUGGAUACGAGUCGGUUGAGUCAUGGGUGUGUGAAGUUUGGCGAUUCAGUAUAUAUUCAUGGUGGCUGCACGGAAAGGAGAUUAGUCAAUCGAACGGCUGUGCGACGCGAUUUGUUUGAUGACUUCUGGCAGCUAAACUUAAACUCAUGGUGUUGGCAAAGACGGCCUGUUAAUUUGCUCCAAAAAGUGUGUUUCCACGGCACCACUGUUACAUUGACGUGGAGAGAUCGUUUUGCUUUUUGA